CCAGAUACUCUCAGUCAUAUUUUAGGGUUUCAGAUCUCUCCGAUCAUCUUCUUCAUUCAGCUGAAUAGCAUAGGGUGUUGAGGUGGCAGUUAGAGAUGUCGCGGUUUCAUGUUGGAGGAAAGGUAGUAGACAAAGUUGAUUUGCUGAGGAAGAAACACUGGGCAUGGCGAUUUGAUGUGUGGCCUUUUGCUAUUCUCUAUCUACUGUGGCUAGCUAUUGUGGUUCCUAGCAUAGACUUUGGGGAUGCUACCAUUGUCCUCGGCGGCCUUGCAGCGCUCCACGUAUUAGUCUGGCUCUUUACUGCUUGGUCUGUAGAUUUCAGAUGUGUUGUUCAGUAUGGUAAGGUUAAUGAUAUUUACCUUGCUGAUGCAUGUAAAAUAACCCCAUCAAAAUUUUCUGGCUCUAAAGAGGUUGUGCCUCUUCAUUUUCGUAAAAAGACGAUGAAUUCUUCAUCUUCAGCAGAGGUGGAGGAGAUUUACUUUGAUUUUAGGAAGCAAUGUUUCAUCUACUCUAAGGAGAAGGACACUUUCUGCAAGCUUCCUUAUCCUACCAAGGAAACAUUUGGCAACUAUCUAAGAAGUACUGGCCAUGGCUCUGAAGCUAAAGUUAUCUCUGCCUCUGAAAAAUGGGGACGCAACGUAUUUGAAUAUCCGCAACCUACUUUCCAGAAAUUAAUGAAAGAGCAUUGCAUGGAGCCCUUUUUUGUGUUUCAGGUCUUCUGCGUGGGCCUUUGGUGUUUGGAUGAGUACUGGUAUUACAGUUUGUUCACCCUAUUCAUGCUGUUUAUGUUUGAAUCAACUAUGGCAAAAAGUCGGUUGAAGACUCUAAGUGAGCUGAGGCGUGUUAGAGUGGAUAAUCAGACCCUAAUGGUGCAUCGGUGUGGGAAGUGGGUGAAACUUUCUGGAACUGAACUCUUGCCUGGGGAUGUUGUCUCCAUUGGGCGUUCUUCUGGUCCAAAUGGAGAAGAUAAGACUGUACCUGCAGACAUGCUUAUAUUAGCUGGAAGUACUAUAGUGAAUGAAGCCAUCCUCACUGGCGAGUCAACUCCUCAAUGGAAGGUUUCAAUAGCAGGAAGGGGAAUUGAGGAGAAGUUAACAGCUAAGCGUGAUAAAAAUCAUAUUUUGUUUGGUGGAACCAAAGUACUGCAACACACUGCAGAUAAGAGCUUUCCUCUGAAAUCUCCUGAUGGUGGCUGCUUGGCUGUUGUUCUACGUACGGGUUUUGAAACAAGUCAAGGAAAACUUAUGAGGACAAUUUUAUUUUCUACAGAGAGGGUUACUGCUAACAGCUGGGAAAGUGGUUUGUUCAUUUUAUUUCUAGUUGUAUUUGCCAUAAUUGCUGCUGGUUAUGUACUUAAAAAGGGGCUAGAGGAUCCUACAAGGAGCAGGUAUAAGCUUUUCCUGAGUUGUUCGCUCAUCAUUACUUCUGUGAUCCCCCCUGAGCUACCUAUGGAAUUAUCAAUAGCUGUUAAUACAUCAUUGAUUGCAUUGGCACGACGUGGAAUAUUUUGUACAGAACCCUUUCGAAUCCCAUUUGCUGGAAAGGUUGAUAUAUGUUGUUUUGAUAAAACUGGGACGCUGACAUCAGAUGACAUGGAGUUCUGUGGAGUUGCUGGGUUGAGUGACAAUGUAGAUCUAGAAUCUGAUAUGACUAAAGUUCCUUCUCGCACAGUUGAAAUUCUGGCUUCUUGUCAUGCUUUGGUCUUUGUAGACAACAAACUGGUUGGUGAUCCUCUUGAGAAAGCUGCACUUAAAGGAAUUGACUGGAGUUAUAAAUCCGAUGAGAAGGCAGUUCCUAAAAAGGGACCUGGGAAUGCAGUACAGAUAGUUCAGAGGCACCAUUUUGCAUCCCACUUAAAAAGAAUGGCAAUUGUUGCUCGUAUCCAGGAAGAAUUUUUUGCAUUUGUCAAGGGUGCACCUGAGACCAUUCAAGAUAGACUCACUAAUUUGCCUCCAUCAUAUGUUGAAACUUACAAGAAGUAUACACGUCAAGGAUCACGUGUCCUGGCGCUUGCUUUUAAGUCACUUCCAGAUAUGAUGGUUAGUGAAGCUAGGAACUUGGAUAGAGAUAUUGUGGAGAGCGGCCUAACUUUCGCUGGUUUUGCUGUAUUUAACUGUCCUAUAAGAGCAGAUUCAGCGGCUAUUCUAUCUGAGCUGAAGAAUUCAUCACAUGAUUUGGUGAUGAUUACUGGUGACCAAGCUUUGACAGCUUGCCAUGUUGGUAGCCAAGUUCAUAUUGUAUCAAAACCAGCAUUAAUUCUUGGUCCAGCUAGGGGUGGUGAAGGAUAUGAAUGGAUGUCACCUGAUGAGACAGAGAUCAUUUGCUACAGUGAGAAAGAGGUUGAGGCUUUGUCAGAGACUCAUGAUCUCUGUAUUGGAGGUGACUGCAUUGGAAUGUUACAGCAGACAUCAGCUGUUCUACAAGUGAUUCCCUAUGUGAAGGUUUUUGCUAGAGUUGCCCCAGAGCAGAAAGAACUAAUCAUGACCACUUUCAAAACAGUAGGGAGAAUAACUUUGAUGUGUGGGGAUGGGACAAAUGAUGUUGGAGCUCUUAAGCAGGCCCAUGUAGGUGUUGCACUAUUGAAUGUCAUGCCUCCAGCUCAAAGUGGGAACUUAACAGAAACUUCUAAAGAUGAAAGUUCUAAGCCUGCAAAGUCAAAGAAAUCUAAACCUGUAGUAGAAGCAGCAGGCAAAGCUGUCAGUCACGGUGCAGAAGCCUCAUCCAAAGGCAAAGUUGUCACAAAAUCAGACUCUAGUAACCAUGCAGCUGGUAACCGGCAUCUGACUGCUGCUGAAAUGCAACGGCAGAAGCUGAAAAAGAUGCUGGAUGAGCUUAAUGAGGAGAGUGAUGGUCGCUCAGCUCCCAUUGUGAAACUUGGGGAUGCCUCGAUGGCAUCACCAUUCACCGCAAAACAUGCAUCAGUUGCUCCGACCACUGACAUCAUCCGUCAGGGUCGUAGCACUCUGGUGACUACCCUCCAGAUGUUCAAGAUACUUGGCCUUAACUGCCUUGCCACAGCAUAUGUGUUGAGUGUUAUGUAUUUGGAUGGCGUCAAACUUGGUGACAUCCAGGCCACAAUCAGCGGUGUGUUCACAGCUGCGUUUUUCCUCUUUAUCUCACAUGCUCGCCCCCUUCCCACACUGUCAGCUGAACGGCCCCACCCCAAUAUUUUCUGCUCCUAUGUGUUCCUUUCUCUCAUGGGACAGUUUGCACUUCACCUAAUUUUCUUGAUUUCUUCUGUCAAAGAGGCUGAGAAAUACAUGCCUGAGGAAUGCAUUGAGCCAGACUCUGACUUUCAUCCUAACCUUGUAAACACAGUCUCUUACAUGGUUAGCAUGAUGCUCCAGGUGGCUACCUUUGCAGUGAAUUACAUGGGCCAUCCUUUCAACCAAAGCAUCUCCGAAAACAAACCCUUCUUAUAUGCCCUAGGAGCUGCUGUUGGUUUCUUCACCGUUAUAACAUCAGAUCUGUUUAGGGGCUUGAAUGAUUGGUUGAAGUUGGUGCCUUUACCUGUGGGAUUGAGAGAUAAGUUAUUGCUGUGGGCUCUUCUCAUGUUUUUGUCCUGCUAUUCAUGGGAGAGAUUGCUGAGAUGGGCUUUCCCUGGCAAAAUUCCAGCAUGGAGGAAAAGGCAACGACAGGCUGCUGCUAGCUCAGAAAAGAAGCAGUUAUAAGUUGCUUUCUGGCAAUGGUUAUUUGAGACGGCACUGAUCUUACAGUAGAUGCAGAACUAGAAUUGAGUGAAAAGAAUUGCUAGCAAAAUAGCUCUAGUUAUGUAACUCCUUUCUGAUUAAUUCAUACAGCUUCCCUUUUGCUUGGGAAUAUUUGUGAAACAAUAUAUUGCUCUCUUAGGUGAGAAUAUUGAUUCUUUUGGGAAAGAUUGAAGUGAGAUUUUGAGUUGUUAUGUAGUUCUGGAGGCUAGAGAAAAUAGUUUUGACGCUAAACAAGUGUAUGGUUACUUCUGUGCCAGAAGGCCCGGAGCUAGACUUUCUACAAUU